AUGGCACCGCAUAUGACUCCUAAAGACGAGGGCUCGCAGGAGCCUCCCUUAAUCACGCCCGGUGGGACAUACAGCAUCCAGACGGUCUCCGUUGGGUGCAAACUCUACAUCCGUCGUCAGAAUCCCGAUGGUGAGACCGAAGAGCGGCUUGCAGAGAUUCUCUCGAUACGCGACAAACCCACCAGUGCAUAUGGUACGCGGCAGAACGGUGUAAAGCAAGAGGAGUCGCAGAACCCUGCAGAUAGGCUCGAGUUCUUUGUCCAUUGGGAUCAGUUCAACAAGCGGCUCGAUGAAUGGGUCCCUGGUUCGCGACUCAUCUUGAGUAAGGACCUCCAAUGGCCUCGUCCCAAGACCACUGCGACCUCCAAGAAGGUGACUGGCAAGAAAGCGCCGUCAAAGGGUGGUCGAUCGCAGUCAUUGUUGAAGAAGGCCACAUCCCAUGCCCUUGCUGUCGAUGCUUCGGUGAAGCUGGAGGUAAAGUCCGAGUUUGGGACUCCAGCUCCUGCCACCCCUACUCCUUCAGGUGCUCCCAGUCCGUCUCCUGCGUCACUCAAACGGAAGCACCCGCAUGAUGAGGAAGAGGAGGAGGAGGAAGACCUUGAUGCUGACGCAGACGGCGAGAUGGACGUGGAUACAGAGGGGGAGGGAGAAGCGCUCGACCUCGACACGACAGGCACACCGCCUCCACCUCCUUCCGUCUCUGCUUUCAGCAAGGAGCAGGAAAUCGAGAAGUUGCGGACGUCCGGGUCCAUGACACAGUCCAUCUCUGAGAUAGCACGUGUGAAGAACCUGAAUCGACUGCAAAUUGGUCGUCAUGAAGUUGAUGCAUGGUACUUCAGCCCGUAUCCAAAGGAGUGCGCGCACCUUCCGGUGCUGUACAUCUGCGAAUUCUGUCUCUGUUACUUUGGCUCUGAAUUUAUGCUUCGGCGACAUCGGCAGAGGUGCAACCUCCUUCACCCUCCUGGAAACGAGAUCUAUCGACACGAGGAUAUAUCUUUCUUCGAGCUGGAUGGAAAGCGCCAGUUGACGUGGUGUCGUAACCUGAGCUUGCUUUCAAAAUGCUUUCUUGAUCAUAAAACCCUGUAUUAUGAUGUAACACCAUUCAUGUACUACGUUAUGUGUCACCGAGAUUCCACCGGCUGUCAUAUCAUAGGCUAUUUCUCCAAAGAGAAAGAGUCGGCGGACAACUACAAUGUCGCAUGUAUCCUUACGCUCCCACAACACCAGCGGUUCGGCUACGGCAAGCUCCUGAUUGAAUUCUCGUACGAGCUCAGUAAGAAGGAGGGCAAGCUGGGUAGCCCUGAGAAGCCGCUGAGUGAUCUAGGCCUGCUGGGUUACCGCGCGUACUGGGAAGAUACGGUUAUCGAGCUGCUCCUAAACACAACCGAUGAUAUCAGCAUUGAUGACAUCGCGCAGAAGACAUCAAUCACACACGCGGAUGUGAUGAAUACAUGCACUACGCUCCAAUUGUUCAAGCAUUAUAAGGGACAACACGUCAUCUGCAUCCCAGAAGCUCUUCAGGAACGUCACAGGAAGAAGAUGGAGAAGCGCCGACGGCGAAUUCACCCAGAAUGUCUCGCCUGGAAACCACCGGUGUUCACCAGAGAUCAGCUCAGAUUUGGAUGGUAG